AUUUGAGCACUGGCCAACGGGUGGUGACUGUUCAGAAGGGACCCCUCUACCGGACGGAGGGCUCCCACGUCACGCUGUGGGUGAUCGCAGACACCCUCUCGGCUUCCAUGGUGCCCCAGGUCCUCACCCGCGCCGAAGGGGACGCAGUGGAGCUCACCUGCGAGGUGUUGAAGUCCACUUCCCAGCACACACAUCUCUCUGUUGGCUGGUAUCAUCUUCAGGGAGCAGGAGAGAGCAGUGCCGAGGAGGUCCUCACCCUCUCCAAGGACUUUGUCCUGAGGCCAGGGCCCUCUUAUGCUCAGAGGUUUCUGGCGGGGGAUGUGCAGCUGAACAAGAUUGGGAACACGACAUACAAGCUCUCCAUCAGGGGAGCGGAGCCGUCCGACCAGGGGCAGCUGUACUGUGAGGCGGCCGAAUGGAUUGAGGAUCCUGAUGAGAUGUGGAAGGACAUCUCCCGCAAGCAAACAGGGAGGACGUCGCUGGCAGUCACGAGCCAGGGCAGAGACUUCUCCGUGGACAUCGCUGCUGCUGAAAGCUCCCUUUCUGAAGGUGACACCUUGCAGCUAAAUUGCAUGGUGGAAGCCCAGAAGAGCAGCAGCAGGCACUUUCAAGUGCUUUGGCUCCUGAACGGCAUGGAAGUGGCCAGGCUUGACCCCCACGGGGUAUUGGUUUGGGAGGAAGAAUAUGAGGAGAGAGCCAAGCUGGGGCAGCUCCGAGCAUUCAAGCAAAGCAACGUGGUUUAUGUCCUCACCAUUUACGAGGUGGGGCUGAAGGACAAUGGUACAUACCACUGUGCUGUUUCAGAGGUGAAGACUCCUGGAGACUUUCACAGCAUCCAAACCAAUCUAUCAUCAGGCAUCCAAGUCAAAGUGAAGCCAAUAGGUUAG